AAUAACCUCAAUAUGCAGUUUGAAUUAUUUUGAAAUAUAUAUUUGAUAUUUAUGUAAGAUGUCACAUUUCAUUUCAUCUUGAAAUUUGUUAGUGUAACUACUCCCUUCAAUUAUUAAAUAGCAUCAAAAGACUUCGACAAUGUAUCCAAAUCUUGACAGUGGUAUAACAGUGUGUUUAGAAGACAGUUUGUUGAGAAAACAAGAUAUAGAAUUACUCCAAACACCUUCCUGGCUGAAUGACAGUGUUAUUGCUUUCUACUUUGAAUAUCUGGAAUCCAAUAUCUUCAGAGGGAACAAAGGUGUACUAUGUAUACCUCCACAGGUUACUCAGUGCAUUAAGAUGACACCUGCAAAUGAAGUUGGUGCUUUCUUAGAACCCCUGAAGGCCCACAGAAAAAACUUAUUACUAUUUGCUCUAAACGACAAUGAAUUCUGUGAAGCUGCUGGAGGAAGUCAUUGGAGUUUACUAGUAUUUUCGAAGUCAGAUUCUAAAAUUUACCACUUUGAUUCGUGCUCGGGAUUGAACAGACAUCAGGCUAUUGAAUUCGGUCAAAAAUUAGCUAAUUAUUUAGGUAAACCAUUUCAAGACAGUGUAAUAGAAGCCAGAUGUUUGCAACAAAAUAAUAACUAUGACUGUGGUGUGCACGUACUUUGCAAUGCAGAGCAUAUAAUUAAUUAUGCUACGCGUAAUAGAACUGUUGACGGAUGUCCUAUUCUUGAUCAAGAAAUAGUGAGUGGUUUCAGAAAGAAAAUGUUCAACAUUGUAAUGGAUAUCGCUAAAUCAAUAAAGUACUAACCGCUAGAUGCCAGGCUUAUGUAAAAAUUAUAAAUAAAAUUUAUAUGCUAAUAUAUAUUCUUUUAUAAAAA